AUUGAAUAAAAAAACAAACUUUGAAUUAUAUGUGCUCCAGCGGAAAUGAGGGUCGAGGCUCGGAGAAAAUCUCUCUCGACGCCCUCCGCCGCCUCCCCGGCGACGUCGCCGGCGCCUUCCGCCGCCUCCCCGGAGACGACGGCGCCUCCCGCCGAUCAGCCAAGAAAUCCAUGCUGUCCAGAGAAUGUAGCCAACAAAGGGGAUAACGUGCCCAGCACAAAUGAAUGUAAUGAGAGAGUUGAGCAGCAUGGAGAAAAGGUUCCCAGUACUGAUGCUGCGAAGAUUUUACCUGUUGGAAAAUCCCAAAGCGGAGGUUUUCAAAAUAUAUCUAGUCAAGAAAGUAUGGACAUUUAUAUAUUGGAAAAGAGGACUUGUUUAACAUGCAAUAGACGCGGCCAAUUGCUAGUCUGUACUGAGCCUAGCUGCCCAAUUGCUAUCCAUGAGAAGUGCCUGAGCUGCAAACCUGAAUUUGAUAAUUUGGGGAACUUCUAUUGCCCUUAUUGUUCACACAAAAAAGCGGUGGUUAAUGUUUAUGAAUUGAGAAGAAAAGCCAUGUUGCGCAAAGAGGCUUUAUCUAAUUUUCUUGACACUGGGGUAGUUGAUGAGGGGCAGAAGGAGCAGAAAAGUGGGGAGGAUAAGAGGAAAGACUUCAAUCUAUCUCCAUCUCCAGGACAUGACAGUCGCCAUGAUGAUGUGAGUAAGGAAAACACUGAAGGGCAACAUCAAUCUGAUCCUGUAAAUUCAGUCGACAGUAAACAUGAAGCGCUGGUUGAAAAUCAAACAGAUACAUCUCCUAGUGUCCAUGGUCAGAGAAAUUUAGUCCAUGAAGAAGGGUUGCAAGAAGAGGAAUUGAGAGAAGCUAUUGAUAACCACUGUGAGGAAGUAAUUGAUCAAGAGAAAGCAGAUAAGGCUGAUAAUCAUCCUUUAGAAGAAGUGGCAGCUGAGGAUGCUGUGCCGUCUAAAUCUUCUGAACGAAAAAGGCAUCGUAAAAGUAUUCGCAGAAGUCAAGGGCUAAGUAAGAAACGAAAACGGAGGAAGUUCCAAUCAAUUGAUGCUACUGUAUCUUCAAUUCAAGGAGAUUUUGCCACUGAUGUGAACCCAGAAGCGAAUAUAGGAGGUGAAGUAUGUGAUUCUGAUGCCGAGGCUGGUUUCAUGAACAAUGGACAUUCUCCAAGUGUAAAACCCCAAGGCAAGGCACCAGUGGAGGAGGCUGAUUCACCGAGAAAAGGUUCUUCUGAACCAGGCAUCAGUAUUAUCAACCAUAAAGAGUCCCAUGAUGGAAAGAAGAAAGUCGCUCCUGCUGAAAAGUCAAGACAACAACGAUGGUCUCCCAGGGAAAUACCGAAGCCACCACUUCCCAAUGUAAAGCGCAGAUUAAGAUGGUCACCUGAAGAGGAGGAGAUCCUAAAGGAAGGGGUGCAGUUAUUCUCAAGCAAUGCGAAUAAGAAUAUCCCUUGGAGGAAAAUUCUGGAAUAUGGUUGUCGUGUUUUCAAUCCAAGUCGCACAUCUGUCGAUCUCAAGGAUAAAUGGAAGAACAUCACUACCAGAAGAUAGCGAUAUCAGUCAAAUAGUUUUUGAAGAGGGCAAAUUCAUUCAGAAGACGCUAGUAUUUUACUACUAUCUUCGUCCACCCUACUCUCUCUCCAUCAGGAUUUAGUCGGUUUUUGGUGGGGGAAGCCUCUCUCGUAGCUCUGAACGGCAGUAUUUGUACAUAAGUGAACUCCCUUAUGAUGAACUUGAUGUUCAGCCAUUUGCAAAAGGAAACUCGUUUUGCUGUGGCCAUUACAGAAAUGGCAUCAUGACUUCCGAUGCGAUUCUCUA